AUGAAGGAGUUUCCCCAUACUAUUGGAGGACUGGAGAUGCUUGAAGUUUUAGAUGGCUACAAAUCCUGGGAUCUGACAGAUAAGAACUUGGAGGGAAUUGGGAAGCUAUUUCAUUUGAAGACAUUGAACUUAGCAUUUACUAGUGUUUCUAGACUGCCUCCAGAGAUAAGUCGUCUCCAUCUCCAAAAACUUGAAGGACCAGACACUCAUCAUAGUAUUGUCAGUUAUCUUCACUCUCGGAUGAUUUGGAAUCAAAUGUCUGUUUAUAGUGAUAAUGAUGACUUGAGGUCCAAUGAAGAGACUGGGGAAAAGAUUCUAGGGUUACUCGCUAACUCUAAUAUCUACAUACCCAUCUUCUCUAGGAACUAUGUUUCUGGUCAUUGGUGUCUCCGCGUACUUGCUUACAUGGUAAAAUGCACGUUAGAAUCAAAGGGGAAAAGAAGAAUCCUCCCCAUUUUCUACGAUGUGGAGAUUGAUGAUGUUAAGCUCAAAACUGAUUUAUACAAAAGCGACCUAGACAAGCACCGAGCGAACUUCGACCACGAUGAAGUGAAGUCAUGGAAAGAGGCCCUCAUUAAGGUCGCAGCAUUGAGGGGUUUCAUCUUGAAAAACAACAGCUACGAAGAAGUACUUCAAUCGGUUACUGAUGAGGUUUAUAAGGCAAGGAAAUUGUUAGAUGUUGACUCUUGA